CCCGCCCGCCCGGCCCCGGCCCCGGCCCCGGCCCCGGCCCCGCCAUGGACACCGGCAGCAAGAUGACGGCUCGCCUGAUGCUGGCUGUGGGAGGAGCGGUGCUGGGCUCCCUCCAGUUUGGAUACAACACCGGCGUCAUCAAUGCCCCACAGAAGGUGAUUGAGGAUUUCUACAACCGCACGUGGCUGUACCGAUAUGAGGAGCCCAUCAGCCCCGCCACCCUUACCACACUUUGGUCCCUCUCUGUUGCCAUCUUCUCUGUCGGGGGCAUGAUUGGCUCCUUCUCUGUGGGGCUCUUUGUCAAUCGCUUUGGAAGACGCAAUUCCAUGCUGAUGUCCAACAUCCUUGCCUUUGUGUCAGCUGUCCUCAUGGGCUUCUCCAAGAUGGCUUUCUCCUUUGAGAUGCUCAUCCUUGGCCGCUUCAUCAUCGGCCUCUACUCUGGCCUCACCACGGGCUUUGUGCCCAUGUACGUGGGCGAGGUGUCCCCCACUGCCCUGCGGGGAGCCUUGGGGACCUUCCAUCAGCUUGGCAUUGUCCUGGGCAUCCUCAUUGCACAGGUGUUUGGUUUGGACUUGAUCAUGGGAAACGACUCGCUCUGGCCACUGCUGCUGGGCUUCAUCUUUGUUCCUGCCCUGCUGCAGUGCAUCAUCCUGCCCUUUGCCCCUGAGAGCCCACGGUUCCUGCUCAUCAACCGCAAUGAGGAGAACAAAGCCAAGAGUGUCCUCAAGAAGCUGCGAGGCACAACAGAUGUGAGCAGUGACCUGCAGGAAAUGAAGGAGGAGAGCCGGCAGAUGAUGAGGGAGAAGAAGGUCACCAUCAUGGAGCUGUUCCGCUCGCCUAUGUACCGCCAGCCCAUCCUCAUUGCCAUUGUCCUGCAGCUCUCCCAGCAGCUCUCAGGGAUCAAUGCGGUCUUCUACUACUCCACCAGCAUCUUCGAGAAGUCGGGGGUGGAGCAGCCUGUCUACGCCACCAUUGGCUCUGGCGUAGUGAAUACAGCCUUCACAGUGGUCUCACUGUUCGUGGUGGAGCGAGCUGGGCGCAGGACCCUGCACCUCAUUGGGCUCGCAGGGAUGGCUGGAUGUGCCAUUCUCAUGACCAUCGCCCUCACGCUGCUGGACCAAAUGCCCUGGAUGUCCUACCUCAGCAUUGUGGCGAUCUUUGGGUUUGUGGCCUUUUUUGAGAUCGGCCCAGGCCCCAUCCCAUGGUUCAUUGUGGCAGAGCUGUUCAGCCAAGGCCCCCGUCCAGCUGCUUUCGCUGUGGCUGGGCUCUCCAACUGGACCUCCAACUUCAUCGUGGGAAUGGGCUUCCAGUACAUUGCGCAACUCUGUGGCUCCUACGUCUUCAUCAUCUUCACGGUGCUGCUCGUGCUCUUCUUCAUCUUUACCUACUUCAAGGUGCCAGAGACCAAAGGCCGGACCUUUGAUGAGAUUGCCUCGGGCUUCCGGCAGAGCGGGGGUGGCCAGAGUGACAAGACCCCGGACGAGUUCCACAGCCUGGGCGCUGACUCGCAGGUGUAACCUGGACCCCCGGUGCCACUGCCCCCUGAAUUCAGGGGGACUUUUUAAAACACUUUGUACAGACGCCAGGCAGGAGGGAGUGGGGGGGGUCUGGCUCCAACGCCCCUUAUCCAGCCUCCCCCAGUGGUUUACUGGAGACAGGCUGACCUAUUUUAUUUUAUUUCUUUUCUGCUAGGAACAAAAUAUUUUAUUUUAUUUUAUUUUAUUUUAUUUUAUUUUAUUUUAUUUUAUUUUAUUUUAUUUUAUUAUUUUUUCUGGUUUCGCGUCCAAGAUUUCAAAGCCAAUAGGUGUUUUAAAACCCAGCCACUCAGCCCUCACCAGCAGGAGGGCAAUUCCCUGUUUUUUAUUAAUGACGCGAUAGUUAUUUAAUGGAAAAUCAUGUAGAGAAAGUUUUUAAAAAGCUGGAAACUUAUUUUUUAACGUUCUAAUCAUAGAGGAAAAAAAAAAUCACAUAAAUUGACUAAAUCUAAUAUUUUUUUAAAAAAAAACUACCAAGAAAAUGAGUAAAUUUUUAAAGUCUCCUUGAUUUCAAGCCCUGCGGUGGGUUUGUGGACGGGGACCUCCCGCCUGGGGCAGCGCGGAGGACGGAGCCGCCUGGAUGGAUUGGUUGGAAAGGUCAAUCUGUUGUUGCAGGCUCUUCUCCUUUUGCCUGAAUUCCAGCUGGGAGGGGAAAAUAAAAUGGGAGAUGGGGGGAUGUGUUCUUGUUGAAUUUUGGGAUUAAUCUCGGCAAUAUUUGCCCGACAGUGAAGCGCCAGUGGCAGCCGCACACAACAUCCCCCUCCAUCAGUACCCCCCAUCCUGGGAUGCACCAAAAUCCAGCACCGCAUGGAUACAGCUGUUUCCUGCUCUGUGUAUAGACUGGAAGAUAUUUAUAUUAUAUAUAUUUUUGUUCAAUGGUUGUUAAUAGUAGACAUUUAAGUUAUAGCAUUUCUGAUUUGACAAGCCAAGUACUGUAAAUAUUCUUGGAGUAUAUUCACACUGUAUAAUGCAUACAAAAGGUACAGAAAAAGGUUAUAGUUUCUAUAGCAACUAAGAAAAAAAGCUUGUACAUGGUUAGGAUGACUUUUGUAUAGUUCUGCACUGUAGUUGUAUCUAUUGCACUGAAUUUCAGGCUGUAGUAUAUUAAAAAAAAAUACACGAGGAAUACUGUCCUUUUCAGACAAAACUGAAAACAGACACAAAAAAAAGCAUUUCCCUGAGUGCAGCUGGUGUGGGAGCUUCUGGCACAUUCCCAAAGCCACAGGGAGGGUUAUUUUUUUGGUUUGUGUUGGGGUUUUUUUGUUGUUUUUUUUUUUUUUAAUAGUAUCUUUUUUAAAAUUUAUUUGUUUGGUUUGGAAGGGAUGACACUUGACCACACGUGAAAGAAAAUAAAUGGGGGGGGAGUAAAAGAAAUCUCUUUAAAAAUGCCUGUUCUCAGCUGGUUCUGGUAUAGCCGUGCCAAGCUGUGGAGGUGUGUGUGUGGUUUUGUAAGCAAAUCCCUGCAGUGAAGUGCCAAGGGGAAGGUGUGUGGUGUGAACAAUAAAGGAGAAUGUGAGCGGCC